AUGACGUCGUUAAUAGAACCAAUUUGUGAGAUGUAUAACCCGGACACAGUUUUUCAGCAUUUCAGGGUAAUCGAAUUCCCCACGUCUAUUGUUGGGCUGUCCACUUCACAGAAGCUGGAUUUAGAAGUGGAUUUCAACAAAUUUGCAUAUAUAAGGACUGUAUGUGAUGGCAAACUGAUGCCAGCUAAUCAUUGGAUUUGGUUUUUAUCUGAUGUUGGACAAUUUUUUAUGAGAGUCACAACACAACCGCGGUGGGAUAUGGCCGUAGAUUCAUUGACAAUUAAAGUGAAACCGAUAGACCCGUGCAGUUGUGGUGAAUCAUGCGAAUGUUAUCGGACCGCUAUCGUCACGAUACCUCAUCGCAACGACUUGAUGCUUAAAGCAUUGCGAUUUGCACUAUCAGAGCAUGCCUCCGAUCUAAUGCUAGAGAUUUACGAUGAACUUAUCGUGUCUACCACAGGCCAAAUAAUUUUAAGUAUGCUGUUUUUCGAAGGAGGAACCAAUAUGUCUGACUUGCUUCACAUUUUACGCAAAGAAAAUAUCUACAGGGUUACCUCCCGGAACCUUCUCACGCGGUUAGAUCGCGUUACACUGCAGCAGCAUACCGCGGCCAGUUUGAAUCUCCCCGUUACUAUUCCGGCAAGCGACAAAUCAGAAAAAUAUACUGUCGUAUUAACUUCUGAAUGUGGAAUGGACAUCCGCGUCUAUAGAAUAUUUAUUGUAGAGGAUCCUGCUAUAGAAUAGUUAUAAGGAGGCACGUUAGACUUUAGAGCGAUUACACACGGCGGCUUUUAGCAGCGCGUCUGCAGCCAUUAAGUUGCGAUGCAGUAACGAUGCAGUCGAAAAUCGUCUGCCUCUACACACAUUAGUAUCAGUAGAGCUCCUUGUAAAAGAAUUCGUUCAAGAACAUACUGCCACCUUAACUAUUUCUGCCGUCAAGCAGUAAU